AUGCCAACCUAUUAAGAGGCAUUAUUAGAAUUAUUAUAAUUUGAAGCAUAUUUUAAAACAGUGCAAGUGAUUUAUAAUUCAAUUUGGAAUAGAGAUCUGAAUACGGCUGCUAAGAUUAUUACAACAACAACAAAAUAUUUAUGUCUUACAAUAGGCAAUUUGAGCCCUGAUUGUGAGAAGUUAUAUUUUUAUUCAAAGUCCUUGGAUGCUCUAAGAGAAGCAGUAAAAGGUUCCUUAUUCUUUAAAAAAAGAGGAGUUUAAUGUUUGAACUAAGUAUUAUACAAAUAUUAAAUUAGAACCCUUGAUGAUAUUAUGUAUGAAGAUGGAUGCAGAAGAUAUGCCCUUGCUUUUGAUGGAUAGAGAUCAUAUGGAGUUUUUUAUACAUAUUUGAAAUUGAAGGAAUAGGAAAUCAGAAUUAUUAUCUGGUUAGCUGAAAUGAUAUCUAGAAGGUUAGCCAAAAACCAUCCUGGUUGGAAAACAAUAUUUAUUCCAUUUAGCCAUUUAGGAAAAUGA